AAAGCCCUCUAUAAAAUGACUCCACAGUUCACAAGAUCUCACAGGCAGAGGAUACCCAAACCAACCGCAAGCAUGAUCCAAGGUUCACGUUCAACAAACACCAGGAAAGAUAUUCUCCUCAACAUCUUCCUCUUACUUCUAGCUACAAAUUUAGACAAAAGCUUCCAGUUAGUGCUGAGUGACUGCGGAUCAGAAUACAGACGUCCAGAGUACACAGACAUCUCUGUAGACUGUGGAACGGAGUACAUCAAUGUGGCUAUCAAAUUCUGUCCUGUCAUGUACACCGGCUACAACGAAUCAGAGCUAAUCCUCAACAACGUCAAGAAUAACCCAGAUUGCAGGGCGACCCUCGAUACUACAGUCUUACCUCCCAUGGCCCGAUUUAGGUUCCCGAUUAACUCAACCAAUGCCUGUGGCAGCAACUUUGUUACAAUAAGGAGUAUAGGGACAGGAGUAUUCUCUGACUUCUCCAACAUCGAGAUGGUCAACAUCAGUGGAACUGUACAAUCGAAAGACAUCACAACAGGCACUGUGACGUAUAACGCUGAGCUAAAGUACUACUACUCGUGCGCCUAUCCUCUGGAGUACCUGAUCAACAACACUCGGAUGGAUGUGUCGUCCUCCUCAAUUGCAGUAAAAGACAACAAUGGCAGUUUCAUCAGCACUCUGAGACUCAGACUCUUCAAAGACAUAAACUACACCCAGCCUCUUAUCAUGCCUACCCUUGGUAUUGAGCUGAGGACAAAUGUGUAUGUGCAAGUGGAGGCCACCAACUUGACCUCCCAGUACUUUGUGCUGCUGGACAGAUGCUACGCCUCCAUUUCCACUACACCCACCACCACAAACUUCUUCAACCUCUUUGUGCCCUGCGGCAGUGAUCAGUUUACUAAAAUGCUGGUGAAUGGGGAAAUGCAGCUUGCUCGGUUCUCGUUUCCGGCCUUCCGCUUUACAGAGCAGCAGAACCAGACAGUAUCGACAUACUAUCUGCACUGCAUCACAAGACUGUGUGAAAUAUCAACCUGCAGUACAUUUAAGCAAUGUAGCAAACGAAAAAGGAGAGACGUAGUGCCUUUGACCACCACUCCUUCUCCAAAUGGAGUCACAGAAGCCACCACCAUCACAUCACCAGCCAUCGUCAUACGCUCAGAAAACGUGGUGGCAACAAAAGAGGAAGAAGUCACAAUCAGCACGAAAAAACCUUCAGACAUCUCUGUGGGUCUCGGCCUGGCUGUGGGCAUCCUGGCAUUCGCCUGCAUCAUUACCAUAGUAAUGGGAGCAGUUUUCUACAAGAGACACUGGCACAACGCACCUUCAAAAAUGCCCCGGUGAGCUGAGACACCCUGCUCCUGCUCCAAGAGAGGACUGCCGGUUCCCGCCAGGAUGAUCUCUCACCGCUAGAGGGCUGAGCAGGGCUCAGCGUAGAACUGUUUCGGACAUCUUGAUCUUUCCUAUAGUGCUUCUUGGUGAUUAAUCAUAGCAUAAUGUGGUUUAGAAGAGCAACAGUGCACUACAUCAACUCUACACCUUAAACUUCUGUUUAAGUGUAGCUUGGACCUGGGAAUACAUAUAAAAAAUAAAAGUAUUGACCCAUCAAAUGAAUCCAAUCCCAAUGAGCACAUGCUCUGGUACCUUUAAAACACAAAAAGGAAAUAAAUCUGAAUGCAUGUGGAGGGUUUAGAGCUCCCUAAGACAGUCCUUAAUACCUUCUAAAAUGUUAUAUGUGUUAUUUAUUAAAUACUACUCUUUCUGCUUAACUCUCAUGAAAUUUUGACACCCCCAUAUCUAAAGACUACUCAUACACAGCCCAAAAAGUCCCUGCAUUUACAAUGAAACUUAUAACUUUUAAAUCAACACUUUUGAAGCAACAGCAGAGUAUUAUAGAUUCCUUUUGCAUGUCCAACUUCACGAAUAAAGAAAUGGAAAUGAAAGCAAUUUCAAAUGAGAGUGAGUCGAAAGAGAGUGCUGCAAAGUGUUGAUUUUUAGAUCUGAAGUUUUGUUCUCGGCUCUGCACUUUGUGUCUUUAUAAUUCCUAUGGCAGGCUGAGCUCUUUAAAGUAGAUGUAUAUUUGUGAUUCAUCCAUUAAUGCAUGCUUCAUAUGAAUAAAGGCUACUGGUACAAG